CUGGGGGCAGGGCCAGGUGCUGGACAAACAGAUCAAAGGUGAGCCAAGCUGAGCCUGCAGAGCUCUGGGCCUGCAGAGCUGGGUGGCACAUCAUGAGGCUGCUCAUCUUCCUAGGCCUACUGUGGAGCUUGGUGACCACACUUUGUGCUUCAAAGUGGCCCGAGCCUGUAUUCGGACGCCUGGUGUCACCUGGUUUCCCAGAGAAGUAUGGCAACAAUCAGGAUCGGUCCUGGAAGCUGACUGCACCUCCUGGCUACCGCCUGCGCCUCUAUUUUACCCACUUCAACCUGGAACUCUCUUACCGCUGCGAGUAUGAUUUUGUCAAGUUGAGCUCAGGGACCAAGGUGCUGGCUACACUGUGUGGGCAGGAGAGUACGGAUACUGAGCAGGCACCGGGCAACGACACCUUCUACUCACUGGGCCCUCACCUGGAGGUCACCUUCCACUCGGACUACUCCAAUGAGAAACCAUUCACAGGCUUUGAGGCCUUCUAUGCAAUGGAGGAUGUGGAUGAGUGCCGAGCGUCGCUGGAAGAAGUCCCUUGUGACCAUUACUGCCACAACUACCUGGGCGGCUACUACUGCUCCUGCAGAGUGGGCUACGUUCUCCACCAGAACAAACACACCUGCUCAGCCCUGUGUUCAGGCCAGGUGUUCACUGGGAGGUCUGGGGAGCUCAGUAGCCCUGAAUACCCACAGCCGUACCCCAAACUCUCCAGCUGCACCUACAGCAUCCGCCUGGAGGAGGGCUUCAGGGUCAUCGUGGACUUCGUGGGGUCCUUCGAUGUGGAGACGCACCCUGAGGUCCAGUGCCCCUAUGACUCCCUCAAGAUCCAAACAGAGCAGAGGGAAUACGGCCCAUUUUGUGGAAAGACCUUGCCCCUCAGGAUUGAAACAAACAGCAACAACGUGACCAUCACGUUUGUCACUGAUGAGUCGGGGAACCACACAGGCUGGAAGAUACGCUACACAAGCACAGCACAGCCCUGCCCUGAUCCAACGGUGCCACCUAAUGGUCACAUUUCACCCGUGCAAGCCAAGUACAUCCUGAAGGACAGCUUUUCCGUCUUCUGCAAGCCUGGCUUUGAGCUUCUCCAAGGUUCUGUGUCCCUAAAAUCAUUCACUGCUGUCUGUCAGAGGGAUGGAUCCUGGGACCGGCCAAUACCAGAGUGCAGCAUUGCUGACUGUGGCCCUCCUGAUGACCUACCCAAUGGCCACAUGGAAUACAUCACAGGCCCUGAAGUGACCACCUACAAGGCUGUCAUUCAGUACAGCUGUGAAGAGACUUUCUACACAAUGAGCAGUGAUGGUAAAUAUGUGUGUGAAGCUGAUGGAUUCUGGACGAGCUCCAAAGGAGAAAAAUCCCUCCCGGUUUGCAAGCCUGUCUGUGGGCUGUCCACACUCUCUACAGGAGGCCGCAUAUUUGGAGGGCAGCACGCAAAGACUGGUAACUUUCCUUGGCAAGUCUUACUACUGGGUGAGACCAUAGCGGCAGGGGCUCUUAUACACGACAACUGGGUCCUAACAGCCGCUCAUGCCGUGUAUGGGAUAACAGAAGAUGUGUCCUCUCUGGACAUUCGCAUGGGUAUCCUCAAAAGGCUCUCACCUCAUUAUACCCAAGCCUGGCCUGAGGCUGUCUUUAUACACGAAGGUUACAAUCACGAUGCUGGUUUUGACAAUGACAUAGCACUGAUUAAACUCAAGAACAAAGUCACCAUCAAUCGAAAUGUCAUGCCUGUUUGCCUGCCAAGAAAAGAAGCUUCAUCCUUAAUGAGGGCAGAUACCAUUGGAACUGUGGCUGGCUGGGGCUUAACCCAGAAGGGGUUUCUUGCUAGAAACCUAAUGUUUGUGGACAUACCAAUUGUUGACCAUCAAAAAUGUACUUCUGCAUAUGCAAAGCUCUACCCAGGAAGAAAAGUAACUGCUAACAUGCUCUGUGCUGGCUUACAAACUGGUGGCAAGGACAGCUGCAGAGGUGACAGUGGAGGGGCAUUAGUGUUUCUAGAUAAUGAAACACAGCGAUGGUUUGUGGGAGGAAUAGUUUCCUGGGGUUCCAUUAAUUGUGGGGAGGCAGACCAGUAUGGGGUCUACACCAAAGUCAUUAACUAUAUUUCCUGGAUCGAGAACAUAAUGAGUAACUUUUAACUUGCAUGCCUCCAAUCUGGAAAUUAUUCUUACAAGUUCCUGGAAAGGCUCUUACCAGUAACAGAACCCAAGAAGCAUCAAUGGCCCACCCUAUACUAAACUGGAUUAAACGGUUACAGGCACUUGCCAAUGUCAACUUUGUCAAUUCCUGAUGUUCAAUACAAUGGUGUUAUCAACCCUGCACAAAAACCUACCAUGUCAAGUUGUAUUCAAUUCUCUACAAUCUAUUGGCUGUUCCUAUUUCUGAGCAACUAAAGGCUUGCUGUUGAUCUUCAUAAUCAAUGGGUUCAUGUUCUAGGCUGGCCUUAGAACUCUGUAAUAUAGCAGACAACCCCUCUUUCUUUUGCUUCGACCAGCCAAGUGCACAGGGAUUAAAGGUGGAUGCCAUCACACCUCACUUAUCUGGUGCUGACAAUCAAACUAGGGCUUUGUGUAUGCUAGCUUGGUAAGCCAACUAAGGUAACAUUCUGAACCCCACCCCACCCCACUUUGAGAAACAGCCUGCGUGGCCAAGGCCGACCUCAAAUUUACCAUUCUGCUUCAGCCUCACAAGUGCUGGGCAUUAUCAAGUGUAUGCCACUAUACCUGAACUGUUCUUAAGUGAGCAUGACUUGGGCACAGGUGAGCCAAACAGAUCACAGAUGGCACACCAGCAGAAAACUGUACUCAGCGAACUUAUUAUUCUCUUAUGUAACAGAAACGACAGUAACUCACAAAGCAACUGCUACUCUCCUGCUAAGAUGCUGCCUUAAUCUUAAAAUGUCACAUUACUCUUCCAACAAGUUCUGAGACAGUAUCACUAUGGAGCAACAGCUGGCCUGCAACUCAGAUGUGCAUGCCUCAACUUCUGGGAUUAAAGGCAUGUGCCACCACACCCAGCUGGAGACUCACGUUUUUAAUGGAUGAAAAUGCUGUAUUGACCCUUCCCUCAGAAGUCACUGUUUUAACUUUCCGGCAUU